CUAGAAAUGAAAAAAGGGAGCAGCUCACGGACGACAUGAUCACCAGAUAAAGUUGGCAUCGCUGGCACUGAGACAGUAACCGGUACUCAUAAUUUUUGACGACCAGUCGCGAUUUCGUCGCUGCAAGUCCAAUCUGCCAGACUUCAAUCUUCCUCUGCUCCAAGAUCACAGUCUCUCUCUCUCUCUCUCUCUCUCUCUCUGCCACAGAGGGGCGAGAGAAGCAGCCACUCCGUCAUGCCUGCCGCCUCCGCUGUCGCCGUCAACAAUGUCAUCUCCUCUACCUUCAAGCUCUCGCCGCUCUCUUCGUCGGGCUCUGGCUUUCUCGCUCUUCCGCUCGUUUCCUUCUCUCUCCUCUCCCCGAAACUCUCUCUCAGAUCCUCACCUAAUUUUCUCCCCAUUAAAGUCUUUUCAUCCUCCUCUACGCCCUCCGCUACAGUAGAGGGCAUCAAGAUUAGUUCGGUCCCGACUAAGUCUAUUGAAGGCCAAAAGACCGGCACAAGUGGUCUUCGAAAGAAGGUUAAAGUGUUUAUGCAAGAAAAUUACCUCGCGAAUUGGAUUCAGGCAUUGUUUAAUUCGUUGCCGCCGGAGGAUUUCAAGAAUGGCUUGUUGGUGUUAGGGGGCGAUGGUCGAUAUUUUAACCGAGAGGCUGCUCAGAUAAUUAUUAAAAUUGCUGCGGGCAAUGGUGUUGGCAAAAUAUUGGUGGGCAAGGAAGGUAUCAUGUCAACACCAGCUGUUUCUGCUGUUAUUCGGAACAGGAAGGCAAAUGGUGGUUUUAUAAUGAGUGCAAGCCAUAAUCCUGGUGGGCCCGAAUAUGACUGGGGUAUCAAGUUUAAUUACAGCAGCGGGCAACCUGCACCUGAAUCUAUCACUGACAAGAUUUACGGGAAUACUCUAUCCAUUUCUGAAAUUAUGAUAGCGGACAUUCCAGAUGUCGACCUUUCUUGUCUUGGGCUUACAUCGUAUGGGAACUUCAGUGUUGAAGUAGUAGAUCCAGUGUCUGACUAUCUGGAAUUAAUGGAGAAUGUAUUUGAUUUCCAGCUUAUCAAAAAUCUUCUUGCACGACCAGACUUCAGGUUUAUAUAUGAUGCUAUGCAUGCUGUUACGGGCGCUUAUGCAACACCCAUUUUUGUGGACAAGCUAGGAGCCAGUCCGGAUUCAGUUUCAAAUGGAGUGCCUUUGGAAGAUUUUGGGCAUGGUCAUCCAGAUCCUAAUCUCACAUAUGCAAAAGAAUUGGUCAAUAUCAUGUUUGGCGAUAACGGACCUGAUUUUGGAGCUGCAAGUGAUGGAGAUGGUGAUAGAAACAUGAUUCUAGGUAAAGAGUUUUUUGUUACUCCUUCAGAUUCUGUUGCAAUUAUUGCAGCAAAUGCACAAGAUGCCAUCCCGUACUUCCAAGGUGGUCCUAAGGGUUUAGCUCGAUCUAUGCCAACAAGUGGUGCUCUUGAUCGCGUUGCUGAAAGAUUGAAUCUUCCUUUCUUUGAGGUCCCCACUGGUUGGAAAUUCUUUGGGAAUCUUAUGGAUGCUGGGAAGUUGUCAAUUUGCGGGGAGGAAAGUUUUGGGACAGGUUCUGAUCACAUUCGUGAGAAGGAUGGCAUUUGGGCUGUGUUAGCUUGGCUUUCAAUUAUUGCAUAUCGAAACAAGGACAAGAAAGCAGGAGAGAAAUUGGUUUCUGUCUCUGAUGUUGUGAAGGAACAUUGGGCAGCUUAUGGAAGGAAUUUCUUUUCUAGAUAUGAUUAUGAAGAAUGUGAAUCUGAAUGUGCCAAUAAAAUGAUUGAAUAUCUUAGAGACCUGGCCUCAAAGAGCAAGGCAGGCGAGAAGUACGGUAAUUAUGUCCUUAAGUUUGCGGAUGACUUUGCAUACACUGAUCCUGUGGAUGGAAGUGUGGCAUCAAAGCAAGGUGUUAGGUUUGUUUUUGCAGAUGGGUCAAGGAUCAUAUUCCGUUUAUCAGGAACUGGUUCAGCUGGUGCAACUAUUAGAAUUUACAUUGAACAGUUUGAGCCAGACAUCUCUAGACACAAUGUGGAUGCCCAAACGGCACUCAAACCAUUGAUAGAUUUGGCAUUGUCUAUAUCAAAGUUGAAGGACUUCACUGGAAGGGAGGUGCCUACAGUCAUUACAUAAAGGUUGCUUUCAUUAUCAGUCGGGUGAUGUCAGUGUUAUCCUAAAUUAUGGUGUAGGCAGGUCGGGCAUUCCAUCUUUUCUCUGCCAUCACUUAUCAUAUGUAUUCUUUAUGUUCAAUUUUGGUUGUAUGGUAAAUAAUCUGGCUUAAAAAAAAAGAAGGGCGUCCCCCGGCCAUAAGGCUCCCCGCUUUGCGAAGCUAGAUAUUCUGGCUUCUGGAAGAAUAAGUUGCUACAUGUAAUGCAUGUAAAAGACAUUUGGAAAAUAAAAUUUUCGCUUAAAUAAA